ACGAAAAUCACAUCCAUCAACUUUUCAUCUUUUUUCUCUAUAGUUUUUCAUAUUAUUCUUGUCAAAAACCAUGACUAGAAAGAAGGCGAAGCUUGCUUUCAUUGGGAAUAAUACUGCAAGGAAAACAACUUACAAGAAAAGGAAGAACGGUUUACUGAAGAAGGUCGAUGAAAUAUCAACCCUUUGCGGUAUCGAUGCUUGUGCGAUUGUUUAUGGCCCAUACGAUCCUCAACCUGAGAUCUGGCCAUCGGCAUCCGGAGUGGAAAAGGUGCUUUCGAAAUUCAAGACAGCGCCUGAGUUUGAUCAAAGCAGAAGGAUGGUGGAUCAAGAGAGUUUUCUGAAACAAAGAAUUUCCAAGGCUGAAAAGCAACGGGGAGACAACAAAGAAAAAGAGAAAACCAUGCUCAUGUUUGAGUGUCUCAGUGCUGGGAACAUCAUGCAGAACGAUAUGUCAAUGGGUGAUUUGAAUGAUCUUUGUUGGAUGAUUGAUCAUAAUUUGAGGGCGAUUGGGAGAGGGAUGGAAUCAGUUGAUAGUGAAAAUAUAAUUCACCAAAAUCAAAGUGAAAGUCAUGUCAUGGCUGCUCAAAUCCCAAUGGCACCGCCACUGCCACUCCUACCACCACCGCCGCCACCACCAACCGUGUCUGAUAAUAAUGAUGAAAUUGCAAUGAUGAGUAGGUUGGGAUGGAUAUGAAUUAUAAUAUGAUGAUUUAUUUUUUUGUAUUUUCUUUUUUGGUGUAUGUAAAGAUUCAAUCAUUGGUCAUUAUGUUGUAAUUUUCAAAUCUUUUAUGUAAUUGUGUGUGCUUUGCUUUCAAUACUUUUGCACUCAUUAGUUUUGACGAUUAGUUACAUUUAUCUAAAGUUGCUGAAAGUUGUUCAAUUUUUGACGAAUUCAAAUUAUGAAAACACUAG